AUCUCAGACUUCAGUAUCCAGCAAGCUCCUUCAGGCUACAUUAUAUUUGCUCUUUUGGUGAACAAGGUUCACAUAUAUUGCCAAAAUAUGUCCACUCUCCUGGAAAACAUCUUUGGCAUCAUUAACCUUUUCAAGCAAUAUUCAAAAAAAGAUAAAAACACUGAAACACUGAGCAAAAAAGAGCUGAAGGAACUUCUGGAUAAGGAGUUUCGGUCAAUCCUGAAGAAUCCAGAUGACCCAGAUACAGUUGAGGUCUUCAUGGACAACCUGGAUAUAGAUCACAACAAAAAAAUUGACUUCACUGAGUUUCUUCUGAUGAUAUUCAAGUUGGCUAAAGCAUACUAUGAGUUGAACAGAAAACAGAAUUUAUCGACAUCGGGACACAAGCACAAAAGGCACAGUCAUCAUCAUAAACAUGAAGAUGACAAAGAGGAAGAAAAAAAAGGAAAGAAAAUCAGACCCUCAAGUCUGGAAAGAAGAAACAACAGAGAAGAAAACAAGGAAAGAUCCAAGAGCCCAAGAGAAAGAGGGAGAAAAAGACAUGAAUCACUGCCUGAGAAAAGAGGAAGAAAAGAAUAUGCACCUACUGAGAGAGAAGAAAAAUAUAGAAAACAAGACCAUGAGUCAAGUAAUACGAAGAAAAACAAGACUGAAAAUACUGGAGUGGAAGACAAUGAAGAGAAACUAAGCGCAAGUCCCUACGAAAGAGAAGAGGAAGAAGAAUUUCAAUAUGAAAAUACAGGAAGAAUGAUAGAAAAAUGGAGAGAACCAAGAGAUACUGCCACAUAUUACACAAUACAGAAUGAAGUGUAUGAUGCAAAUGAUAACAAAAUAGAAAAAAACAAAAAAUUAAAGGGAGUAAAUACAUCUUAUGAUCAAUCAUCAUCUCAAAGAGAAAGAUCUGGAUAUGCAAAUUCGAGCCAGAAAUCAUCAGGGGGCUCCAGGGCCAGCAGGCGCCGGGGAUCCAGUGUUAGCCAGGAGAGUGACAGUGAGGGACACUCAGAAGACUCCGAGAGGCGGUCUGGGUCUGGUUCCAGACACCAUCACGGGUCCGCUUGGGAGCAGUCGAGAGACGGCUCCAGGCACCGCGGGUCCCAUCACGGAGACGCAGCCGGUCACGGGCACUCGGCAGAAAGAUCCAGACAAUCAGGCGCUCGUCACGCAGACACUUCCUCUCGUGGAUGGGCUGCGUCUUCCCAGGAGCACGCAGCAUCAAGUCCAGGAGGAAGACACGGAUCCCGCCACGAGCAUGCAAGAGACGGCUCCAGAAACUCAGCGUCCCAUGAGGGUCAGGACACCGCUGGUGGACAGUCGGGGUCAAGCAGAGGAGGAAGGCAGGGAUCCCACCACGAGCAGUCGGGAGACAGCUCCGGACACUCAGGGUCCCAUCACCGCCAGACGGCUUCCCAGGGCUGGUCUGAUGCUUCCCGUGGGCAGUCUGGAUCCAGAAGUGCAAGCCGACAAACACGUAGCCAGGAACAGUCAGGAGACGGCCCCAGGCACUCAGGCUCGCAUCACCACGAGGCUUCAACCUGGGCAGACAGCUCCGGACACUCACAGUCGGGCCAGGGACAAUCAGCAGGCUCCAGGGCCAGCAGGCGCCGGGGAUCCAGCGUUAGCCAGGAGAGUGACAGCGAGGGACACUCAGAAGACUCCGAGAGGCGGUCUGGGUCUGGUUCCAGACACCAUCACGGGUCCGCUUGGGAGCAGUCGAGAGACGGCUCCAGGCACCGCGGGUCCCAUCACGGAGACGCAGCCGGUCACGGGCACUCGGCAGAAAGAUCCAGACAAUCAGGCGCUCGUCAGGCAGACACUUCCUCUCGUGGAUGGGCUGCGUCUUCCCAGGAGCACGCAGCAUCAAGUCCAGGAGGAAGACACGGAUCCCGUCACGAGCAUGCAAGAGACGGCUCCAGGCACUCAGCGUCCCAUGAGGGCCAGGACACUGCUGGUGGACAGUCGGGGUCAAGCAGAGGAGGAAGGCAGGGAUCCCACCACGAGCAGUCGGGAGACAGCUCCGGACACUCAGGGUCCCAUCACCGCCAGACGGCUUCCCAGGGCUGGUCUGAUGCUUCCCGUGGGCAGUCUGGAUCCAGAAGUGCAAGCCGACAAACACGUAGCCAGGAACAGUCAGGAGACGGCCCCAGGCACUCAGGCUCGCAUCACCACGAGGCUUCAACCUGGGCAGACAGCUCCGGACACUCACAGUCGGGCCAGGGACAAUCAGCAGGCUCCAGGGCCAGCAGGCGCCGGGGAUCCAGGGUUAGCCAGGAGAGUGACAGCGAGGAACACUCAGAAGACUCCGAGAGGCGGUCUUGGUCUGGUUCCAGACACCAUCACGGGUCCGCUUGGGAGCAGUCGAGAGACGGCUCCAGGCACCGCGGGUCCCAUCACGGAGACGCAGCCGGUCACGGGCACUCGGCAGAAAGAUCCGGACAAUCAGGCGCUCGUCACGCAGACACUUCCUCUCGUGGAUGGGCUGCGUCUUCCCAGGAGCACGCAGCAUCAAGUCCAGGAGGAAGACACGGAUCCCGCCACGAGCAUGCAAGAGACGGCUCCAGGAACUCAGCGUCCCAUGAGGGCCAGGACACUGCUGGUGGACAGUCGGGGUCAAGCAGAGGAGGAAGGCAGGGAUCCCACCACGAGCAGUCGGGAGACAGCUCUGGACACUCAGGGUCCCAUCACCGCCACACAGCUUCCCAGGGCUGGUCUGAUGCUUCCCGUGGGCAGUCUGGAUCCAGAAGUGCAAGCCGACAAACACGUAGCCAGGAACAGUCAGGAGACGGCCCCAGGCACUCAGGCUCGCAUCACCACGAGGCUUCAACCUGGGCAGACAGCUCCGGACACUCACAGUCGGGCCAGGGACAAUCAGCAGGCUCCCGGGCCAGCAGGCGCCAGGAAUCCAGCGUUAGCCAGGAGAGUGACAGCGAGGGACACUCAGAAGACUCCGAGAGGCGGUCUGGGUCUGGUUCCAGAUACCAUCACGAGUCGGCUUGGGAGCAGUCGAGAGACGGCUCCAGGCACCGCGGGUCCCAUCACGGAGACGCAGCCGGUCACGGGCACUCGGCAGAAAGAUCCGGACAAUCAGGCGCUCGUCACGCAGACACUUCCUCUCGUGGAUGGGCUGCGUCUUCCCAGGAGCACGCAGCAUCAAGUCCAGGAGGAAGACAUGGAUCCCGCCACGAGCAUGCAACAGAUGGCUCCAGGAACUCAGCAUACCAUGAGGGCCAGGACACCGCUGGUGGACAGUCGGGGUCAAGCAGAGGAGGAAGGCAGGGAUCCCACCACGAGCAGUCGGGAGACAGCUCCGGACACUCAGGGUCCCAUCACCGCCAGACGGCUUCCCAGGGCUGGUCUGAUGCUUCCCGUGGGCAGUCUGGAUCCAGAAGUGCAAGCCGACAAACACGUAGCCAGGAACAGUCAGGAGACGGCCCCAGGCACUCAGGCUCGCAUCACCACGAGGCUUCAACCUGGGCAGACAGCUCCGGACACUCACAGUCGGGCCAGGGACAAUCAGCAGGCUCCAGGGCCAGCAGGCGCCGGGGAUCCAGCGUUAGCCAGGAGAGUGACAGCGAGGGACACUCAGAAGACUCCGAGAGGCGGUCUGGGUCUGGUUCCAGACACCAUCACGGGUCCGCUUGGGAGCAGUCGAGAGACGGCUCCAGGCACCGCGGGUCCCAUCACGGAGACGCAGCCGGUCACGGGCACUCGGCAGAAAGAUCCAGACAAUCAGGCGCUCGUCAGGCAGACACUUCCUCUCGUGGAUGGGCUGCGUCUUCCCAGGAGCACGCAGCAUCAAGUCCAGGAGGAAGACACGGAUCCCGCCACGAGCAUGCAAGAGACGGCUCCAGGCACUCAGCGUCCCAUGAGGGCCAGGACACUGCUGGUGGACAGUCGGGGUCAAGCAGAGGAGGAAGGCAGGGAUCCCACCACGAGCAGUCGGGAGACAGCUCCGGACACUCAGGGUCCCAUCACCGCCAGACGGCUUCCCAGGGCUGGUCUGAUGCUUCCCGUGGGCAGUCUGGAUCCAGAAGUGCAAGCCGACAAACACGUAGCCAGGAACAGUCAGGAGACGGCCCCAGGCACUCAGGCUCGCAUCACCACGAGGCUUCAACCUGGGCAGACAGCUCCGGACACUCACAGUCGGGCCAGGGACAAUCAGCAGGCUCCCGGGCCAGCAGGCGCCAGGGAUCCAGCGUUAGCCAGGAGAGUGACAGCGAGGAACACUCAGAAGACUCCGAGAGGCGGUCUGGGUCUGGUUCCAGAUACCAUCACGGGUCCGCUUGGGAGCAGUCGAGAGACGGCUCCAGGCACCGCGGGUCCCAUCACGGAGACGCAGCCGGUCACGGGCACUCGGCAGAAAGAUCCGGACAAUCAGGCGCUCGUCACGCAGACACUUCCUCUCGUGGAUGGGCUGCGUCUUCCCAGGAGCACGCAGCAUCAAGUCCAGGAGGAAGACAUGGAUCCCGCCACGAGCAUGCAAGAGACGGCUCCAGGAACUCAGCAUACCAUGAGGGCCAGGACACCGCUGGUGGACAGUCGGGGUCAAGCAGAGGAGGAAGGCAGGGAUCCCACCACGAGCAGUCGGGAGACAGCUCCGGACACUCAGGGUCCCAUCACCGCCAGACGGCUUCCCAGGGCUGGUCUGAUGCUUCCCGUGGGCAGUCUGGAUCCAGAAGUGCAAGCCGACAAACACGUAGCCAGGAACAGUCAGGAGACGGCCCCAGGCACUCAGGCUCGCAUCACCACGAGGCUUCAACCUGGGCAGACAGCUCCGGACACUCACAGUCGGGCCAGGGACAAUCAGCAGGCUCCAGGGCCAGCAGGCGCCGGGGAUCCAGCGUUAGCCAGGAGAGUGACAGCGAGGGACACUCAGAAGACUCCGAGAGGCGGUCUGGGUCUGGUUCCAGACACCAUCACGGGUCCGCUUGGGAGCAGUCGAGAGACGGCUCCAGGCACCGCGGGUCCCAUCACGGAGACGCAGCCGGUCACGGGCACUCGGCAGAAAGAUCCGGACAAUCAGGCGCUCGUCACGCAGACACUUCCUCUCGUGGAUGGGCUGCGUCUUCCCAGGAGCACGCAGCAUCAAGUCCAGGAGGAAGACAUGGAUCCCGCCACGAGCAUGCAACAGAUGCCUCCAGGAACUCAGCAUACCAUGAGGGCCAGGACACCGCUGGUGGACAGUCGGGGUCAAGCAGAGGAGGAAGGCAGGGAUCCCACUACGAGCAGUCGGGAGACAGCUCCGGACACUCAGGGUCCCAUCACCGCCAGACGGCUUCCCAGGGCUGGUCUGAUGCUUCCCGUGGGCAGUCUGGAUCCAGAAGUGCAAGCCGACAAACACGUAGCCAGGAACAGUCAGGAGACGGCCCCAGGCACUCAGGCUCGCAUCACCACGAGGCUUCAACCUGGGCAGACAGCUCCGGACACUCACAGUCGGGCCAGGGACAAUCAGCAGGCUCCAGGGCCAGCAGGCGCCGGGGAUCCAGCGUUAGCCAGGAGAGUGACAGCGAGGGACACUCAGAAGACUCCGAGAGGCGGUCUGGGUCUGGUUCCAGACACCAUCACGGGUCCGCUUGGGAGCAGUCGAGAGACGGCUCCAGGCACCGCGGGUCCCAUCAUGGAGACGCAGCCGGUCACGGGCACUCGGCAGAAAGAUCCAGACAAUCAGGCGCUCGUCACGCAGACACUUCCUCUCGUGGAUGGGCUGCGUCUUCCCAGGAGCACGCAGCAUCAAGUCCAGGAGGAAGACAUGGAUCCCGUCACGAGCAUGCAAGAGACGGCUCCAGGCACUCAGCAUCCCAUGAGGGCCAGGACACCGCUGGUGGACAGUCGGGGUCAAGCAGAGGAGGAAGGCAGGGAUCCCACCACGAGCAGUCGGGAGACAGCUCCGGACACUCAGGGUCCCAUCACCGCCAGACGGCUUCCCAGGGCUGGUCUGAUGCUUCCCGUGGGCAGUCUGGAUCCAGAAGUGCAAGCCGACAAACACGUAGCCAGGAACAGUCAGGAGACGGCCCCAGGCACUCAGGCUCGCAUCACCACGAGGCUUCAACCUGGGCAGACAGCUCCGGACACUCACAGUCGGGCCAGGGACAAUCAGCAGGCUCCAGGGCCAGCAGGCGCCAGGGAUCCAGCGUUAGCCAGGAGAGUGACAGCGAGGGACACUCAGAAGACUCCGAGAGGCGGUCUGGGUCUGGUUCCAGACACCAUCACGGAUCGGCUUGGGAGCAGUCGAGAGACGGCUCCAGGCACCGCGGGUCCCAUCACGGAGACGCAGCCGGUCACGGGCACUCGGCAGAAAGAUCCAGGCAAUCAGGCGCUCGUCACGCAGACACUUCCUCUCGUGGAUGGGCUGCGUCUUCCCAGGAGCACGCAGCAUCAAGUCCAGGAGGAAGACACGGAUCCCACCACGAGCAUGCAAGAGAUGGCUCCAGGAACUCAGCAUACCAUGAGGGCCAGGACACCGCUGGUGGACAGUCGGGGUCAAGCAGAGGAGGAAGGCAGGGAUCCCACCACGAGCAGUCGGGAGACAGCUCCGGACACUCAGGGUCCCAUCACCGCCACACAGCUUCCCAGGGCUGGUCUGAUGCUUCCCGUGGGCAGUCUGGAUCCAGAAGUGCAAGCCGACAAACACGUAGCCAGGAACAGUCAGGAGACGGCCCCAGGCACUCAGGCUCGCAUCACCACGAGGCUUCAACCUGGGCAGACAGCUCCGGACACUCACAGUCGGGCCAGGGACAAUCAGCAGGCUCCAGGGCCAGCAGGCGCCAGGGAUCCAGCGUUAGCCAGGAGAGUGACAGCGAGGGACACUCAGAAGACUCCGAGAGGCGGUCUGGGUCUGGUUCCAGAUACCAUCACGAGUCGGCUUGGGAGCAGUCGAGAGACGGCUCCAGGCACCGCGGGUCCCAUCACGGAGACGCAGCCGGUCACGGGCACUCGGCAGAAAGAUCCAGACAAUCAGGCGCUCGUCACGCAGACACUUCCUCUCGUGGAUGGGCUGCGUCUUCCCAGGAGCACGCAGCAUCAAGUCCAGGAGGAAGACAUGGAUCCCGCCACGAGCAUGCAACAGAUGGCUCCAGGAACUCAGCAUACCAUGAGGGCCAGGACACCGCUGGUGGACAGUCGGGGUCAAGCAGAGGAGGAAGGCAGGGAUCCCACCACGAGCAGUCGGGAGACAGCUCCGGACACUCAGGGUCCCAUCACCGCCAGACGGCUUCCCAGGGCUGGUCUGAUGCUUCCCGUGGGCAGUCUGGAUCCAGAAGUGCAAGCCGACAAACACGUAGCCAGGAACAGUCAGGAGACGGCCCCAGGCACUCAGGCUCGCAUCACCACGAGGCUUCAACCUGGGCAGACAGCUCCGGACACUCACAGUCGGGCCAGGGACAAUCAGCAGGCUCCCGGGCCAGCAGGCGCCGGGGAUCCAGUGUUAGCCAGGAGAGUGACAGCGAGGGACACUCAGAAGACUCCGAGAGGCGGUCUGGGUCUGGUUCCAGAUACAAUCACGAGUCGGCUUGGGAGCAGUCGAGAGACGGCUCCAGGCACCGCGGGUCCCAUCACGGAGACGCAGCCGGUCACGGGCACUCGGCAGAAAGAUCCAGACAAUCAGGCGCUCGUCACGCAGACACUUCCUCUCGUGGAUGGGCUGCGUCUUCCCAGGAGCACGCAGCAUCAAGUCCAGGAGGAAGACAUGGAUCCCGUCACGAGCAUGCAAGAGACGGCUCCAGGCACUCAGCGUCCCAUGAGGGCCAGGACACUGCUGGUGGACAGUCGGGGUCAAGCAGAGGAGGAAGGCAGGGAUCCCACCACGAGCAGUCGGGAGACAGCUCCGGACACUCAGGGUCCCAUCACCGCCAGACGGCUUCCCAGGGCUGGUCUGAUGCUUCCCGUGGGCAGUCUGGAUCCAGAAGUGCAAGCCGACAAACACGUAGCCAGGAACAGUCAGGAGACGGCCCCAGGCACUCAGGCUCGCAUCACCACGAGGCUUCAACAUGGGCAGACAGCUCCGGACACUCACAGUCGGGCCAGGGACAAUCAGCAGGCUCCAGGGCCAGCAGGCGCCGGGGAUCCAGCGUUAGCCAGGAGAGUGACAGCGAGGAACACUCAGAAGACUCCGAGAGGCGGUCUGGGUCUGGUUCCAGACACCAUCACGGGUCCGCUUGGGAGCAGUCGAGAGACGGCUCCAGGCACCGCGGGUCCCAUCAUGGAGACGCAGCCGGUCACGGGCACUCGGCAGAAAGAUCCGGACAAUCAGGCGCUCGUCACGCAGACACUUCCUCUCGUGGAUGGGCUGCGUCUUCCCAGGAGCACGCAGCAUCAAGUCCAGGAGGAAGACACGGAUCCCGCCACGAGCAUGCAAGAGACGGCUCCAGACAUGAGGGUCAGGACACCGCUUGUGGACAGUCAGGGUCAAGCAGAGGAGGAAGGCAGGAAUCCCACCACGAACAGUCAGGAGACAACUCCGGACACUCAGGGUCCCAUCACCGCCACACGGCUUCCCAGGGCUGGUCUGAUGCUUCCCGUGGGCAGUCUGGAUCCAGAAGUGCAAGCCGACAAACACCUAGCCAGGAACAGUCAGCAGACGGCCCCAGGCACUCAGGCUCGCAUCACCACGAGGCUUCAACCCGGGCAGACAGCUCCAGACACUCACAGUCAGGCCAGGGACAAUCAGCAGGCUCCAGGGCCAGUAGGCGCUGGGAAUCCAGCGUUAGCCAGGAGAGUGACAGCGAGGGACACUCAGAAGACUCUGAGAGGCGGUCUGGGUCUGGUUCCAGACACCAUCAUGGGUCCGCUCGGGAGCAGUCGAGAAAUGGCUCUAGGCACUCCGAGUUCCAAGAGGCCGAUAGAGCUGGUAAAGGGCACUCUUCCUCUGUACCGUCCGACUCUAGUACCAGCAAGGAACAUGCUCACUCUAGCAGUCUUUCACAGGAUUCUGAAUAUUUGUCACGAAUACAGUCACGUGGCAAUGAUACUUCUUGUUCUCAUAAGUUGCACUCUGAUAGUACUGAAAGGCAUGGAGGUCAAUCAGGUUUAGUUUGGAGACAUGGCAGCUAUGGCAGUGCAGAUUAUGAUUAUGGUCAAGCUGGGUUUAGUCACUCUCAGGAUGGAAGUGUUAGUUACAAUUCCAACCCUGAGGUUUUUAAGGAAAGAUACAAAAUCAAAAAAGCAAGGUCAUUUGUUGAAGAUCAUCCAAGGUUUUAUGCAACGUAUAUUAACAGGUACCCAGGUUUAUAUGGGCGUUCAACUGAUAUGUCAAAGCAGCUGGGAUUUAGUCAGUCACAGAGAUACUAUUUCUAUGAGUAAGAAACAAAUAUCAAAAGAAUUUGUCCAAGAAUAGAAGAACCAAGCAAAAACCCUUUCAAUCUAGACACUUCAUAAUACUUUCAGGGAGGUUAUUUUUUCCUGUCAAUCUGUUUAAAAUAUACUACAGUAUUUCAUUGACUUGGUGGUAGUUUAUUUUUAGUAUGUAUUCUUUAAGCUUUAUAUUUUUGAAGUUUUAAAUUUAAGGAAUCAGUAGUAUGGAGAGCUAACUUUAGAAAAGUAGGAGUAUUUUAGGAGAUUGGGAGUCAAGUAAUAUUUCAUGUUUUUGAGAGUUUAAGUUUUAGAUAUUCUCCAAAUUUCUAAAUCAAUGUUUUCCAGAAAUAUUGAAGACGCUAGAAAUAUAAAACUAUUCUUUUGCAUACCAAAGUGUGUAUAUCAACAUUAGGGCUUAGGACAUCUUCCUCUAUUCUUUUUCUAUUGGAAUUCUAUUAUUCUGUAUUCAAAAAAAUAAUCUUGGACAUAAUUGUUAUUUUAUUAAACUGCAU